AUGGAUCCUACCAAGGUUAUUCCAUCCAGUGCUCAUGAUUCUGCCUUCUUCACUACAAACUCUGGAGCUCCAGUCUUUAACAACAACGCUUCUUUCACUGUUGGACCCAGAGGUCCGGUCCUUCUUGAGGACUACCAUCUGAUCGAGAAAAUCGCCAACUUCGACAGAGAGCGGAUCCCUGAGAGAGUGGUUCACGCCAGGGGAGCCAGUGCAAAGGGUUUCUUUGAAGUCACUCAUGACAUCACUCACCUCACCUGUGCUGAUUUCCUCCGAGGCACUGGUGUUCAGACUCCUGUCAUCGUCCGUUUCUCAACUGUCAUCCACGAGCGUGGCAGCCCCGAGACUCUCCGAGACCCUCGUGGCUUUGCCGUCAAGUUCUACACCAGAGAGGGGAACUUUGAUCUUGUUGGGAACAACUUCCCAGUCUUCUUCGUCCGUGACGGGAUGAAGUUCCCUGACAUGGUCCACGCCCUGAAACCAAACCCCAAAUCCCACAUCCAGGAGAACUGGAGGAUCCUCGACUUCUUCUCCCACCACCCUGAGAGUCUCCACAUGUUCACCUUCCUCUUCGACGAUCUCGGCAUCCCACAGGACUACAGGCACAUGGACGGCUUCGGCGUCAACACCUACGUCCUCAUCAACAAAGCCGGCAAAGCUCACUACGUCAAGUUCCACUGGAAACCCACCUGUGGUGUCAAAGUCCUCUUAGACGAGGAAGCUAUCAAAGUCGGAGGAGCCAAUCACAGCCACGCAACUAAAGAUCUCUACGACUCCAUCGCAGCCGGGAGCUUCCCAGAGUGGAGCCUCUUCGUCCAAGUGAUCGAUCCUGCGGAGGAAGACAAGUUCGAGUUCGACCCUCUCGAUGUGACCAAGGUCUGGCCAGAAGAUAUCUUGCCUCUGCAGCCUGUUGGCCGCUUGGUGUUGAACAAGAACAUUGACAACUUCUUUAACGAGAAUGAGCAGCUUGCCUUCUGCCCUGCUAUUGUGGUUCCGGGCGUGCAUUACUCGGACGAUAAGCUGCUGCAGAGCAGGAUCUUCUCUUAUCCUGAUAGUCAGAGACACCGUCUUGGACCGAACUAUCUCCAGCUUCCGGUCAAUGCUCCGAAAUCUGCUCACCACAACAACCACCAUGACGGUGCUAUGAACUUCAUGCAUAGGUAUGAGGAGGUUAAUUACUUCCCUUCGAGGAUGGAUCCGGUUCGCCAUGCAGAGAAGUACCCUACGAACCCUAUUCCUUGCUCUGGAAAUCGUGAGAAGUGCAUGAUUGAGAAGGAAAACAACUUCCAGCAGCCAGGGGAGAGAUUCCGAUCUUGGGAUGCAGACAGGCAAGAGCGGUUCGUGCAGCGUUUUGUUGAAGCGCUCGCGGAGCCACGUGUGACGCACGAAAUCCGCAGCAUUUGGGUCUCUUACUGGACUCAGGCAGACAAAAAUCUUGGACAGAAGCUAGCGACUCGUCUUAACGUGAAGCCAAACUUCUGA